AUGUUGUUUGUCGCCUUCAGUGUACCUGCUCUGACACACAGUUCCUUUCCUGUUCGUAUUACAGUGUUCGGCUCCUCGCUGGCCCUGCCACAGCUUGUCCUGAACAAUGUGGCCCAAACUUUGCAAACAGCCACGGGGAGCAGGCCCGUCUGCGUGACAUCGACCGGAGAACGCGGCGUCUGCGUUCGCAGCGAGACCUGUGAUCGUGAAGCCGGAAUUUCUUUCGGCGCCUGCUCUGACCAAGUCUCAGUGUGCUGCAUUCGAACACCGAAACGUACGGUUGUCACCUGUGGUGCUACUGUAGGCGAGGACGACGUCGUAUUUCAGAACGCAGAGUACCCCAACGAUCGAGUGCAGUUCGGCCAGUGCCAGAUUACCAUCAAGGCCAAGCCAGAAGUCUGCCAGCUGAGAAUCGACUUCCAGGACUUCAUUCUUGGGCCGCCCCAAACCUGUGGACCCAAGGCGGGCUACUGUCUCGACGAUGCCUUUACCGUUACCUCAGGUGUUGGAGGAGCGUCGAUGCCCGUGCUGUGCGGCCACAAUGCUGGACAACAUAUGUACGUGGACGUUUCCUUGACUGCUCAAGCUCUUCUCGCCAUUCAAAUGUCGCCGCAGAAGCAGUUCAGCCGCCGCUGGAGCAUUCGCAUCACACAGAUCUCCUGCUGGAGCCCAACUCUUGCGCCCGAUGGCUGCCUGCAGUACCAUACCAAGGCCUCUGACGUCAUUACAAGCUUCAACUUCGUACGUCGUCCUACAGGAUUCCACUACUUCGCCAAUCUACACUACACCAUAUGUAUCAGGAGGCAACUAGGUUUCUGCUCUGUUGUGUACCGUGAAGACGCCGCCGCCGGCUUCUCCCUGAGCCCAAUGUUAGAUCGCCAGUGCCGCGAUGCUUACCUGCUCGUCCCCACUGGAUCCAGUGGCCCUGUUGCGUCUGGCAACGUGGGCGAUCGUUUCUGUGGCACCAGGCUGGGCACUAUUGCCUCGGACCUCGGGCCCUUCCAUGUGUCUUUCAUCACCUCGUCCAGGAUCGGCUUUCAGGACUGCCCUUGUCGUAGGGACGAUGGUGGGCUUUUCGCGCCCGGUCCACAGGCACCGGCGGUAACCGCCAUCCCUCUUGGAGCCGACGCCACAGGUCCCGCCGCCCCAGAUACCGCAAACGCAGUGGAUGCCGAAGUCGUCACUGACGAACCCGCCGUUAACGUCAUUGAAGAUGAACCUCAGCUCCGUGCUGAAUUUAGGCAGGUUGAUGACGUUAUUCCGGACAUUGGAUGCAGGGCUGGAGGGUUCAGCCUACGUUACAGCCAGGUGCCAUGCGCAGUGUAA